AUGGCACCACAGGGACACCAGCAAUCACAACCUAUGACGAAGCGAGCCAUCAUCUCAGCCUUCAUCUUCCGCUUCCCCCCAAACCAACCAACCAAACCCUCCAUCGCACUAUUCAAGCGAAGCAACACAGUCAGAACAUACCGCCACCACCUCGCCCCCAUCUCCGGCAGCAUCGACCUCACCACAGACCCCACGCCCCUCGCGGCAGCAUGGCGCGAACUCCGCGAAGAAACCACCCUCACCCCUUCAGACCUCAGCCUCUGGCGCACGGGCAAACCAUUCACCUUCUGCGAUCCGUCCAUCACUCGCGAGUGGACCGUUCACCCAUUCGCUUUCCGCCUCAAGUCCCCCACAGGAGAAGGAGCCAUCAGGACAGACUGGGAACAUGAGGGGUGGGAAUGGUACGAUCCCAAAACGGUACUCGAACACGAGAAGCUCAACCUGCCCACCGUGCCCCGUCUUCAGGACAGCCUGGCUCGGGUGUGGUUCGAGGGUGUUACCAAUGAGCGGGCCGGGCGGGCUCUCGCGACAGGAUUGGAACGGUUGGCGACGGACCAUGAGAGCGGGUCGCAUGAGCUGACCGCCAUUGCGCUGACAGUGUUCCGGGAUUUUAUCGUGUACAGUCGGGGCGAUCUCGACGGGAGAUGGUGGGAUAUGGUCCGGGCAGCGGGGUGGCAUUUGGUCAAGAAUGGGCGGGAGAGCAUGGGGGCGGGGACGCUGAACGCUGUGCUGAGUAUUCUGGGGGAGAUAGAAGGGAUUUUGGAGCAGGGGAUGACGGGGGCGGAGGGAAAGUGGGAGCGGAUACUAGCGGUGGUGGAUCAUUAUCUGGGGAGGAGGGUUUACAGGGCGCAGCAGAUUAAGGAUUGCUUUGUAUCGUACCUCCUGUCGCAGUUUGCGGACGGAGGGGGGAAGAAGGAUAGGCUUACUAUUCUUACGAUGUCUUCUAGCUCGACUAUCCGCGAUAGUAUUCUGGACGCGUAUGACUCGCUUAGGAUUAAAUCCCUCGAGCUACGUAUCCUCGAGUCGAGGCCGCUGUUCGAGGGCGCCAGUAUUGCCUCAUCUAUCCUGUCUACGUUUAAAUCGCGCCCCAAUGCGCACGACAAGCAUCUACAUAUCAGGCUGUACACUGACGCAUCGGCUGCGCUGGCGGCCAAAGACGUCGACAUCGUCCUGCUCGGUGCGGACUGUAUCUCCGCCACUAAGGGGGUGAGCAACAAGACUGGAUCCCUGCCGUUGGUGCUCAGUGCGAGGCAUGUCACUCCCAGCGUGCGAGUAGUUGUUCUCAGCGCUCUGGAGAAGGUUACCGGAUCAACUGGUGUAAUUGAUGACGAACUCACUGAGAGCAACGAUCCGUUCGAGGUAUGGAGUGCAUGGCGCAGUGAUGGCGUUAGGGGGGUGCAGGUGCUGGAGAAGGGGAUGAAACGGGACAAAUCGGAAGAAGAGACAUCGUCCGUCACGGUGGAGAAUACCUACUUUGAAUGGGUUCCUCUGGACAUGGUGGAUGCAUUCGUCUGUGAGGAAGGAGUCCUCGACAGGGACAGUAUUCAGGAGAAGUCCCGUAAACUGAAGGAGAUGGCUGAUCGAUACUUUGGUAAUUUGUAA